UGUACAAGAGAGGAGAAACAUUCCCGAUGGAGUAACACUUCUAAACAGUAUUCUAUAAGCGCAGUGAUUUGGGACUGGAUUGAAAUCUUCUAAACAUCCUAAUUCACACUGAUAUUUUAAUAUCCACGGAUUAAUCAACGGUAAGCAUCAUCCUUUCGGGAAAGACAGUAUUUGCGCAGUAUGCUGCGAUGGAAUAUACUGAGACGGAAUGGAAUUGCUGGGAUUUCCAUAAGUUUGACUUGUGGUAGAUAACUUGGAUUUGGAAUCGCGCGUCUUCUGCUCUGUUUGUGAAUUGAGGUAUAAUUUUAGGAUGUAAAAUGGAUUCUUUCUGUUCCAGCGGAUGUUUAUGAUGCGAAUUUUGUUUUGAGGGGGAAUUGAAAGAUAUGGUCAGUGGUCAGUCAGGAGAGACUGAAAAUUUCCCGCGCCUGCUCUGCGGUGGAAGACUACAGGCGGGCGCUCGUGGAAGAACCGAACCAUCUGAAGAGAGCGCGUGCCAUGCCGUUUUGGGUCUCGAGCGGUAGAAAGCUGUAAAACCUGUGGCCAGGAGUUGACUGAGACGCGGUGAUGGGCUUUGCUAUGAGGCACCGCUGGUUCAUGGUGCCACUGCUAAUGCAGGCAUGGCUGUCUGCCACCCCUUGCUUUGGUGAGCGUCCUUGCCCCCGGAGCUGUCGAUGCGAUGGCAAAAUUGUAUACUGUGAGUCUAGCGCAUUUCGUGAUGUUCCCAAGAACCUCUCAGGCGGCUGUCAAGGCCUGUCCCUGCGGUAUAACAGCUUAGCAAGCCUGAAGGCAGGCCAAUUUGUUGGCCUCAACCAGCUCAUUUGGCUGUACCUGGACCACAACUACAUUGCCAAUGUGGAUGCACGUGCUUUUCAAGGGAUACGGAGGCUCAAAGAGCUAAUACUGAGCUCCAACAAGAUCACACUGCUACGUAACACCACAUUUCACCUGGUACCCAACUUGAGGAACCUGGACCUUUCCUAUAACAAGCUACAAGCUCUACAACCAGGGCAGUUCCAGGGACUGCGCAAGCUACUCAGCUUGCAUAUGCGCUCAAACUCCCUUAAGAAUCUUCCCUCUCGCCUUUUUCAAGACUGCCGUAAUCUUGAAUUCCUUGACCUUGGUUACAACCGACUACGCAGCAUUACUCGCAAUUCAAUGUCCGGCCUGAUGAAGCUAACUGAGCUGCAUAUUGAGCAUAACCAGUUCUCCAAAAUCAACUUUUUCAACUUUCCACGCUUCUAUAACUUGCGUGCUCUUUACCUACAGUGGAACCGCAUUAGGACCAUGAGUGAAGGCCUUACAUGGACCUGGACAUCAUUGCAGAAGCUAGACCUUUCAGGAAAUGACCUUCAGGAGAUCGCUGCAGAGGUGUACCGGGGCAUACCAAAUCUUCAGACACUUAACCUGGAUUCAAACAAGCUUGUUAAUGUGUCUCAAGAAGCUGUGGAUGCCUGGACCUCUUUGACAGCAAUUAGUCUGGCAGGCAACAUGUGGGACUGUGGACCAGUUGUUUGCCCACUGGUGGCCUGGCUAAGAACCUUCCGUGGAAACAAAGAAAUUAAUAUGAUUUGCGCAUCACCCAAAGAAGUCCAAGGGGAGAAGGUUAUGGAUGCUGUUGAUGCCAAUGGGGUUUGUAGGGCUGCCCCUGCUAUGCCAUCAACUGUAAUUGUUCCCUCUACCCCAUUUAUCGCCUUUGCCCAGACCACAGCCAGCUCUUUCAUGCCAACUCUAAAGUCUGGAGACAGCAGAAGGGGCCAGGGGACAUCCUUGGAAGGUACCACCUCUUCUGCACCUUCUCAGCCCGCUGUCCCACCACCUGAGCAAGACUUUGAACCUGUAUCAUUCCACAAGAUAGUGGCAGGAAGUGUUGCCCUCUUCCUGUCGGUUGCCAUGAUCCUCCUUGUAAUUUAUGUGUCAUGGAAGCGCUAUCCAAGCAGUGUUAAGCAGCUACAGGAAAACUCGGCUGCAGCUCGCAAACGUCGAAAAAAGUCACGGGAGACAGAGCGCACACUCAGCACACCAUUGCAGGAGUACUAUGUGGACUACAAGCCUAAUAACACAGAGGGCACGGAUGUGCUGGUCAAUGGUACCGGGCCAUGCACCUACACCAUCUCUGGCUCCAGAGAAUGUGAGGUCCCUCACCAGAUGAGCACUCUAGCCUUCUACAGGUAUGAGCAGCCCAUAGUGGACUACUGCCAGGCUCAUCAGCCCCUGCGGCUCAACAUGAGCUACGAGGGGCCGCCGCAAAGCCUGGAGGGGCUGGAGGAGCUUCCCCUCCGUGAGAGGAGCACCAUCCAGACUGUGGCCCUGCCGGCAGUGCCCACCAUCAACACAGGCACCACGGGACCUUGCUCCCCACCCAGCCAGAGAGCACCCAUGGAGGGGCCCAGCAUCGCAUACCCCACCACAGAACGCUCCAUUAACUAUCCAACAACAGAACGUUCCACCAGCACCCUCACUUUUAGACGCCAAUAGUUUCGCUCGCAAAUCAAGGCAUGAUGGGUACUUUCAAAAGAGGAUGUGCCUGGGCGGUGAUCCACAUCCACAUUUACGCAGUGGCACGUCUGAAAACUGCGCGUACUGCUGUGCACUAACUGUUUCUCGCAAAUAUAGAGAAGUGAAAAACAUUCCAACGACAUCACUGGAGGACACGAGGAUCUGGCAAAUGGUACACUUUCAUUGUGGAGUGCAGUGUAUCCUGGAAAAUGGGAUUCCAUUUGUUUUUUCCAUCUUUUCUUUGUUCCGACUCAAAGGCCCGUACACGUUUUGUUGUCCCCAUUCUGCUCAGUGGCAAAUUGAAAUCCAAUGCAACAUGCAUAAGACGUUAAACGUGGCUUUGGUUUCAUUCAGCCCUCGCUCUGUACCAACUCUACAGGACGCCUUCUCUGAAGAGUAGAUAAUGGUGAUUCUCUCAUGCUGAGUGAAGAAUGAAUAGGAAUGUGCAAUAAAUAAGUCUUUUUCUUUCUUUUUUUGACAAGGAGAGAGUGUGAGAACGAGAAAAUGAAACGAAACAAAUUAAUGUUCACCAGAGCUCAAAGGCCUCUCGCUGUUAUUUUCAUUUAGUUGCCAGGGAGCACUCAUAAAUGCUGUCAUUAUUUGAUUAAAAAGACAGAUCUGUCCAGACAUGAGCAUCUCAGAUGGAAGAUCUCUUGAGUAUAAAAAAAGCAUUCAUUAAAAGUGAAAUGAAGUCUUACAAAGCAAGGUCUUUCAGAGUGCACAUGUACCAAAGAUCAAGCUACUUUAGAUGUACAUAGCUUGUCUUUCUUUUCAAAAUGUAAUCAGACUAAUCGGUAUGUGUCUAUUGCAUACUGUAAUGUGCGGGCGCCGGAGUUUAUGACUAAUUUUCAAUUCUGUAGGAUUCAAUACUGUGUGAAAAACAUCAAGCUCAGUGUUUGAACGCUACAUGUUGACUAGAUAGCGUAUGUGUGUGUUUGCUUGUGAGUGUGUAUGUGUUUUUUUAAGUUUAAAAGCUGAAGUGUGUAAUUUCUGCGCCCAGUGGUGUGAAAAAUAAUGACUGUUUUCGAAAAGGUUUCCCUAAUCUGCCAUUGGUCAGGCAAACAGAAAGCCUCACCCUCAAACCUAUGCUAUUGGUUUAGCCAGUGUUGCUAUGUUGGCUUGUUGGAGUUUAAACAAACAAAAAAAAUUUUGAUAGUGCAAAAGUAUUUAUAUGUGUCUGCGAAGCCAUACUCUUGUUCAUACUUGUUACUGAAUACUAGUUGUCUCUGCUUUUUGCUAAAAAGCCAAAAAAUUACACACUUCAGCUUCAAGAGGGAAGAAUCAUAGGGGGGCAAAGCAAACGUCCCUCACUCGCUUAGCGUGUUGGAGUUACAUUACAGUUGUGGAAAUAUCUUCUUCGCAAGUAUGCAACACAUCGCAAGUGCAAACACUGUUGUAACACACCUCCAGUGGGAGCGGUAUUACACUGUGUGUGUUUAUAUCGAGGUGACUAGCUAUACGUUAUUGAGAAGUGUGCUAACUUGCUUAGCCAUAUUUUCUUCAAACAGUUGCUAUACGCUAUGACAGUAAUUGACCUGAAUGGAAAACCUGAGAAUGCUGAAAAUUCAACGCAUACUUGAGUUUCUGGCAGAUGACAAUGUGUGAAAUGGACCUUGGCUAGAAGUGUUUGCAUGCUUGUGUGGGACAUUUUUCUGACAAAACAAUCUUUCUAACCCAUUUUCAAAUGGCUUUGCAAUGAUCUAACAAUAACAAAGCAUGAAUCUCUAUUAAGAGCCUCCAGUUGUAUCAAAGAGCUGAAUAAACCAAUAUUUUCUGACUCCAGAUGUCACUCAACAAAGUAGCUACAUGGAUGGAAUUGCUAUAACUGGCUAUAACAUUAAGACGUAUGGGAGACCGGAGACAAUUGUAAUAGCAAUGUUCCUAUAUAACUCAGACUUCUACAAAUCUACAUGUCAUGUGUUGAUGAACAAAAUGUAUAUAUGUCCCAAAUGUAAUAGUAUCAUUACAAUGAAUUUAAUACAAGUAGUCAGAGGGUUAUGGGUUUGAUUGCGACAGUGACGAGGUGCAAUCAUAACAAUUACAAAAAAAAAUUAUUAUCCCAUUGUAUCUCAAAUAAGAGUGCAAAUCAAAAUAAUAGUGAUAUUGAUUUAAUAGGUAGUGAUGUAAUAUGUUUAUUACUGAAUCGUUUUCACAAAGUCUAAGUGGAAAAUGCUUUAUAUCAUUUUUAUUAUUAUUUUAAGACAACAAAGGAGAAAAAUCAAUGGUUUUUCUCACAAAGUCAAACGAUCAUGCUUUUCCUCAAGCAGAAAGUAAUCUCUAGUGAGCAUAUGCUGAAUAAGUGUUACAAUAGCCUCCGGUCUCCCAUAGUCAUUCGAGGGCCUGUUCAUUUUUAUUUUGAGUUGAGAUUAAGGCAGACCAGAUGCUCCUGUGUGUUUUUUUUUGUUUGAACAUUGGACUAUUACUAGUCUAAUAGACUUCUGCGGUCAUCCAUUAGUCACAUUUCACUGAUUCUGUAUUACUCAUUUUGCUGUUUCACUCGCCGAGGUUCAAACAGAGCAUUUUGUUCAAGAAACUGUUGCCAUUGUCCAAUUGCGUUAAUGUUUUGUUUGUUUUUUUCUUUCUUUCAACCUUCAAGGACUUUGAGAAUAUAGAAUUAUUGCCUGUAAACACAGAUUUUUUUUGUUUGUUUGUUCUUUUUUUUCACCCUGUGUGCCUGUUUGUUGGACUUCACACAAUGAAUGUGGACAUGGUACCUCACCAACAGUCAGUGUGGAUAUUGCAAAUUUCAACCUGUUCAAGGCCUCCGGAACAAUGACGGAAUGUCACCGUCUCCUCAGGAGCCACGAUAACUGCUUUGGCCCCUCCAGGACUCUACGCUGGCAUGUUUAUAACGGACAAUGAUGGAUAAAACGCAAUGACAUCACAGGAAAUGUGCUGGCGAGCUAAGAAACGGAUUUCACACUGUCAUGUCUCAAUCUCUUCAAGAGAAGUGAUGCUGUCAAGACGAUCAUUUUGAAACAUGUCCUGACGGUUUCCGGCACCAGUUGUCUUCGUAUGUUUAUCUUGUAAAUAGAGAGUAUAAAGAAACAUAUUGUUUUGCUUCUUUCGACGCAAGUUUUGUGAAAAAGGCCGAAGCUUCAGCUGUUUAAACGCGCACCCAGAUCAAAGAAUAUGCUUCUAGAGAGACUGGAUAUGACCCCUCAUUUGAAAGAUUGAUAUUUUUCUAUCUGCCGUCUCAUUGGGUUCCUCAUCUCAUUAGCAUCAUAGAUUUUCAUUUUCUUCGUAUCGCUUUACUGCUGACAUCUGUUUGGGAAUAGAAAGAUUGAUAUCAAUGCUCAUUUUGAUACUUUGAUUCUGCUAUGUCCCCUAACCGUUGUGAUCCUAUCUCUCUUUCUCCUCAGUUUGUAUUUUCGAGACACCCAGGCAAAAUAAUAUCUACUUGUUCAAUGAGAGUGGCUUGUACUUUGCUCCGAGGCUUCAUGCAUGAUGUAUCAAGUAUAAGCUUGAUGUUGUUAAGUAAAUGCUAAUAGGGUUACCUGCCCACCGCAUUUCAAUUCUGAGUAAGUCGCAAGAACUUUACAACCUCAUAAAACGCUCCUUACAGCAAGGCAUUAGCUCGACGGCAGUGUUGCAGAAAAUCCAUACCACUUUCUGUGUCCUUAAUUUGAAAAGGCAAAGUCAGAUUGUUGUUCAGGGGGAACUAGAAUAUUUCGUUCUAAUUAUUCUAAUUGAAAUUAAAUAAAUAAUUUUAUUUAAUGUUCUCCAUGCAUUAUAGACCUCCUGUUUGGGACUCUCUGCUUGGUCAGUCUGGAUAAUAUACGUAGCACAUACUAAUUUAUUCAGAACCACAAAAUUUCAACAAGAAAUGUGUAUGAAAGCAUCUGAUCCUAUCACUAUUUGGAUGAGUUACCUUGACUAGAUAAUCUAAGCUCUUAAACCGUCUUUCAAAGCAACGAUUCUCCUCCUCCACAGAGUUACCAAAUCAUGGCGCCUUAUGUAACUGUCUCUUCCCAUUAUUCUGACAAUUUGCUGCUUUACGGUCAUUUACCUAAGGCUGAGGACGCCCCGCAUCUUCUCUUCACUUGUCAUUCACAUUUUGCCAUUUACGUCUUUAACCCUCCUGUUGUCUUGUUUAUUUUUGGUAAAAACAAUACAUAAAAAAUAUGAACAUUUUGGUUCAGUUUUGAUUAAAAUCUGGCUUUGUGACAAUGUCUUAACACAAUUCUAAAUAAUAAUAAUAAUAAUAAUUUCUUGUAUGAAAAUAACUAUUUAAAAAAAAUCAGAUUUGGCAUUAUUAAUCAUUUAUAUCUUCAUUUUUCUAUUAAUCAUUAAAUUAAUGAAGCAACAAAAUCAGUCUGGAGUAAUGGCUGCAGGAAAAAUUCAUUAUUGCCAUCACAGGAAUAAACUACUACAUUAAAAUAAUUUAAAAUAGUUAUUUAAAUAUUUAAAUAUUCCACAAUGUUUCUAGUUUGAAACAUUUUUUUAAUCAAAUAAAUGCAGCCUAAGUGACUCCUUCAAAAUCAUUACAAAAUUGGACAGACCGCACAUUUUUGAAUGGUUUUGUAUACUUUUAAUUUGUAAAUAAUAUUUGACCCCAAAAUACUUGACAUUUAAAAAAAAUAUUAAUAAUAAUAAUAAUAAAAAUAAAUGUAGUGCCUUGCACUUUCUGCGAAGCAGUGAUUUUUAAUGUUAGUCAUUUAUUUGUGAAAUACAAAAUAAACCUUAAUGUGUACCUUUUUACACAAAUAAUUUUUUUAUUUAAAUCUGUAAUCAUAAUACACUUUACAAGCAGAAAAAAAAAAACAUUCUACUUAAUGUUAAUAAUCCCUAAUCAAGAAUCCAUGAAUUAUUAAUGGAUUCCAAUGCAAUCACAUUUCAAUUUGGCACAAGGAUCAUAGGUGGGCACAGUUUCAUGCGACAAGAGGGGGUUUAAAUCAAACCUGUGUUAAUGUUUACAAAACAAAACACUUCAAGGAUUUUUUUUUCCCUGGAACUAUCCAAGCAGGUGUUAUUAAUUGGCAG